AUGUCAGUUAAACCUAAACGAUUAGCCCGUGGUAAAAUUAACAGUGAAGCGGCUAGUCAGAUAUCUCAGAAGAUUAAAUCGACUUACAAAGUGUCCACAAGUAAAAUUGUAUCCAGUUUCCGAACCACACCAGCUGCAUACAGUUUGGUUAGAGAAUACACAGGUCACCGAGAUGGAGUGUGGGAGGUCAGUGUUUCCAAGGCUGGACAUCCAGUCCUGGGCACAGCAUCAGCAGAUCACACUGCCAGAAUUUGGUGCAUUGAAUCUGGGGUGACUAUGCAGCAAUAUGUGGGACACCAAGGCUCUGUAAACUCAAUUCGAUUCCAUCCCAAUCAGGACCUGGCCCUGACAGCAUCUGGAGACCGCACUGCUCAUAUAUGGAAAAUGCAGUUCACUCUCCCAUCUCACUUGGAGGUCAUGGCAGAGAAAGUUGAAUCAGAGGAGAGAGAGAAAAGGCAGAAAGAAGCAGGAGCUUUAGUUCGACGCAUCUGA